AUGGAAAUGUCAAUGAGCAGACGCCUCGAGGCCCAACUUCUCGCAUCCACUCGAAGAGCAGAUGAGACAGUUCAGGCCGUCUGGGCGAGUAGAUUUGAAGGGGAAGACAUGAAAACCGUCAUCUUCUCACGUCGUGACGGCGACAUCUGCCCUGCCGGGAUUGGCGCUGGCACCGGCUUCAUUCCAUUUGAAAAGCCUCCUGAAUCGCCACGCGACACGGCCUCAUCGAUGUCCUCUUCGCACAAUCCGACGCUCACAAAUCGUCCCGAUUUCCGCCUUUUGGCUCGACGGCAACAGCCGAAGAUUUGGGCCGGUCGUGCUGCGGUUUACACGAAAUCACCUCAGCACUUUGUCAGUCUGUUUGGUGCCGCCAGUCAUGACCGCACUCGCGUCAGUGCGUCAGCAGCAACAGCAGCAGCAGCAUUAUCAACAGCCCCGCCUAUCCAUGUGCAGUUGAAGCGUGUGUUUGUUGCGCAACCAGAGCUGAAACGAGACAACGCCUCGCCAGGGCUUGUCAAGAAAGCAGCUGAGCUAAUUGACGCGGCAGCAGCAGCGACGAUACGCGACGAUAAGCGACGAUAG